UAAACCUCUGUAGCCGCUUUACCCUCGACCCUUGUCUCGCUCGUUCCCUCUCUCUCUCUCUCUCUCCAAAUCUAGCGAACGAAACCCUAGAAGCCGAAGAAGAGGAAGAUCUUUGUUGCUGCUAGUAGAAUCAAGGCGACAAGAACCAUGGCUUCUCGUUUCUGGUUGCAGGGCGAUAGCGAUUCUGAGGAGGAGGAGGAGACCAGUGAGUAUGAGAACGGCAGUGACGAGGAGCGUGCACCGGCUGGAGAGGCGACACGGGAGACUGCCCUUAACCGCUACCUCGACCAUGGCGCGAACCUCAGCGAUGACUCUGAUGAGGGUCCUCGUGUGGUCAAGUCGGCCCGCGACAAGCGCUUUGACGAGAUGGCGGCCACCGUGGACCAGAUGCGCAAUGCCAUGAAGAUCAAUGACUGGGUCAGCCUCCAGGAGAGCUUUGAGAAGCUCAACAAGCAGCUUGAGAAGGUUGUUAGGGUUACGGAAUCGGAAAAGGUUCCUAAUCUUUAUAUUAAGGCUCUUGUGAUGCUCGAGGACUUCUUGGCCCAGGCUUUGGCCAAUAAGGAUGCUAAGAAGAAGAUGAGCAGCAGCAAUGCAAAAGCACUUAACUCGAUGAAGCAGAAGCUGAAGAAGAACAAUAAGCAGUAUGAGGAACUGAUUAUAAAGUACAGGGAGAAGCCAGAGAGUGAGGAUGAGGGAGAGGAAGCUGAGGAGGAGGAAGAGGAGGAUGAGUCGGAAUCGGAGGUCGAAGAAGAUCCAUCAAAGAUUGCAAUGUCUGAUGGGGAGGAUGAAGAUAAAGGUGAGGAGGAUAGCGAUGAAGAAACUGGCGGGGGGUGGGAGAAGAAAAUGAGCAAGAAGGAUAGGCUCAUGGACAAGCAGUUUAUGAAGGACCCAAGUGAGAUUACUUGGGAUAUUGUUGAUAAGAAGCUUAAGGAGAUUGUGGCGGCAAGGGGUAGGAAGGGGACAGGGAGGGUGGAGCAGGUUGAGCAGCUUACGUUCUUGACCCGGGUGGCAAAAACACCUGCCCAGAAGCUUGAGAUCCUCUUCAGUGUGAUCUCAGCUCAGUUUGAUGUGAAUCCUAGCUUGCUCGGGCACAUGCCAGUCAACGUGUGGAAGAAGUGUGUUGGCAACAUGCUCCUUGUGCUCGAUAUUCUUGAGCAGUACCCUAAUAUCGUGGUUGAUGACUCGGUUGAGCCUGAUGAGAACGAGACCCAGAAGGGCGCAGACUAUAAGGGAACUAUCCGAGUGUGGGGAAAUCUUGUUGCCUUUCUUGAGCGUCUUGAUGCUGAAUUCUUCAAGAGCUUGCAAUGCACUGAUCCACAUACCAGGGAAUAUGUUGAGAGGCUGAGGGAUGAGCCCUUGUUUAUGGUCAUAGCGCAAAAUGUUCAGGACUACCUCGAAAGAGUCGGGGAUUUCAGGGCAGCUUCCAAAGUUGCCUUGCGCCGUGUUGAGCUAAUUUAUUAUAAGCCUCAAGAAGUUUACGAUGCGAUGAGGAAGUUGGCAGAGCAGGGUACAGAUGGGAAUGAAGGUGGUGGGGAGGAUGGAGAUGAAGAGACUGAGCGUCAAGCAGCUGAGGAAAAUAGGGGCCCCCCACCAUUUGUUGUGGUUCCUGAGCUUGUGCCUAGGAGGCCUACAUUUCCAGAGAGUAGCAGGGCCUUGAUGGAUGCCUUGGUGUCACAAAUUUAUAGGUAUGGGGAUGAGAGGACCAAGGCCAGGGCGAUGCUUUGUGAUAUUUACCACCAUGCCAUCUCUGACGAAUUUCCUAUUGCUCGUGAUUUGCUUUUGAUGAGUCACCUGCAGGAUGGGAUUCAACUCAUGGACAUAUCCUCACAGAUACUAUUCAAUAGAGCAAUGGCACAACUUGGCUUGUGCGCUUUUAGGGCCGGUUUGAUUGUAGAAGCUCAUGGCUGCCUGUCUGACUUGUACACGACAGGAAAAGUGAAGGAAUUACUCGCCCAAGGUUUAACCCAAAAUCGUUACCAUGAUAAGACACCUGAGCAGGAAAAAGCUGAGAGGAGAAGGCAGAUGCCCUACCACAUGCACAUAAACCUUGAGCUCCUUGAGGCCACCCACCUGAUAUGCGCGAUGCUGAUCGAGGUCCCAGUUAUGGCCUCCAACGCGUACGACAAGCGCAAGCCCAUGAGCAAGACAUUCCGCCGUCUCCUUGAAAUAAGUGAGCGGCAGACCUUUGUGGGCCCACCCGAGAACGUCCGCGAUCACGUCAUGGCCGCCACCCGCGCCCUUCGCAAGGGCGACUACCAGAAAGCCUUCGACGUAAUCAAUUCCCUGGACAUCUGGAAGCUUCUCAGAAACAAGGAGAGCAUCCUCGAAAUGCUCAAGCUUAAGAUCAAGGAAGAAGCCCUUCGAACCUAUCUCUUUUCUUACUCUUCGAGCUACGACUCCUUGAGCUUAGACCAGCUCGCGGCCAUGUUCGAUUUAUCCGAGGUCCAGGCCCACAGCCUGGCCAGCAAGAUGAUGAUCUCGGAGGAGCUACAUGCGAGCUGGCACCAGCCAACAAAGUGCAUCGUUUUCCACAAUGUGGAGCAUACUAGGCUACAAGGGCUUUUAUUCCAGAUGGCCGAUAAGCUCAACAUACUUGUGGAGAGCAAUGAGAGGGCCUACGAGGCGAGGACCGGCGGAACCCUAGAUGGGUUGCCGGGGAGGCGGAGAGGGGACAAUCAAGAGUCGGGGGGGAUGGGGAGAUGGCAGGACGGCGCCUCGGGUUCACAAGGCAGGCAGUACGGAGGGUACGGGAGCGUGCGGUACCAGGAUGCCUACGGGAGCUCCGGGAGGGCUCCCUACAGUUCGGCGGCGUCGUCCGUGAGGGGUUCGCAGGGUGAGAGCUCGGCGCGCAUGGUGAAUCUCAACAAGGCUGGUAGGGUUUAGGGAGCGGAAAAGAAUUCAAGAAGUAACAAAAGUUAUUCCAAAGUUCCGGUUUUUUUUUUAGUAUUAUUAUUGAAAUUGAGAGCAGCUCUUCUACAGUUUUGAGAUAUUUUGCUUGAUUUUGUUAGCUCUUGGAAUAUAUGUUUUGCCGAGUACUUCGCAGAACUUUAUUGUGUUUUUAUUAUUGUAUGGACUAUUAUUAUAUUAUGGGAUUGUGGGAGGACCUUGUGUUGUUUA